AUGGCCAAAAAGGUGGCCAACCAGAGCAAGCAAAUGCCUGGCGCCGCGGAACUCGAGGUCCAGGUCGAACGGGCCUCUGAGAGCAGUUCCCUGGUUAGGCUGGAGGAUCGAAUCAUUCUGUCGAUGGCAGAAACAGCCUGCCGGGAAGGCAGAAGAAGAGUUCAGAUCGAACGGGCUUCUCAGUUACCCGGCUCUCCUCGCACCGCCGCCGCCGCUGCUGCUUCUGCUGGUGUGCUAGCUGCUGCUGCUGCCGCUGCUGCUCCUACUACUGCAGUGCCAGCUGCGACAUGUCGUCCUCCUUCUGCCCUCUCCGGCUCAGCAGCUGCUUGGUGGUGGCAGGGAUAA